AUGGCUACUGACGAGAAACAGUCAGUGAAGGGAGAUGAUAGGAAAACUUUAGAACAGUAUUAUUUUAACCCUCGUAUGCCUGGAUCAUUUUAUGGUCCUUCUAAAUUUCAAAAGUCGUUGAAGAGGCGAAGUUUAUCCAACUUUAAACUCGACAAAGUGAAAAACUUUCUAAAUGAUCACGAGGCCUAUAGUCUUCAUAAACCAGUAAGACAACGAUUUCGUCGUCUUAAAGUGAGAGUUAACACUGUAGAUGAACAAUUUGAUUUAGAUUUAGCCGACGUGUCUCGUUACAGCAAAUGGAACGAUGGUAUGCGUUAUCUGCUCGUCGCUAAUGAUAUUUUGUCUAGAUAUGCAUGGGUUGUUCCUUUAAGAAAUAAAAAACCAGAGACGGUCUUAGAAGGUUUUAAAUCCAUGUUAAAAGAUGGACUUGUUCCCAAAAAGGUACGAGUAGAUAAAGGUGGUGAAUUUAGAGGUGUUUUUAGAACUUAUGCCGAAAAGAUGAAGAUUAAAUUAAUUGUAACACAAAACGAGAACAUUAAAGCGAAUUACGUUGAAAGACUCGAUAGAACUCUCAAAUCACUUUUGACGAGGUUCAUGACACACAAUAACACCAAGCGGUAUCUCGAGGUGUUGCAAGACUUAAUCUAUAAUUACAACCAUACCAUUCAUGCGAGUUUAGGUAAAUGGGCUCCAGCGGAAGUGAAUCAUGAUAACCAGAUCAAAGUUUGGCGCCAUCUGUACUUAGAACCUAUUAUAGCACGAGUACAGGCAAACACACCAUUACAAAAGUUUGUAUUUAACGUGGACGAUCUGGUUAGAAUAUCAUACCUCAGGAAACCGUUCACUAAAGAACUAGAUCUUCGAUGGACCGAGGAAUUGUUUAAAAUAGUCUCGCGCAUACGCCGACAGGGCAUACCUAUUUAUCGAGUGAAAGACUUUCACGACGAAUUGAUUGAAGGUAGUUUCUAUACAAGUGAACUGCAGAGAGUCAAGAAAGAUCAAGACGUGUUGUGGAAGGUCGAAACAAUACUGAAGUAG